AUGGAUGCUAAUUCUUCACUAAACGUUCUGCCCGAAACCGAUUUUGGUCCUUCGGCCUCGGGAAGAUUUGAUUUUACUAUCCUGUUUGAAAAUGUUAUGCUAUCGAUUGUCCCGUCCGCUUUAUUCUUUGUUCUUGCCCCGCAGAGACUAUUAUGGCUGAAGAGGGAGCCGAGAAAGAUUGUCGAGAAUUCACGUCUUCUUGUCAAACUGGGGUUAAUCACCGUCUAUACUGGGCUGCAACUUGUGGUAUUGACAUACUGGACCGUGGGACCUCUGCCUACAUCUCAAUUCCAAAUUGCUGCAGCGGCGCUUGUGUUUGUGAACGGACUGUUGCUGGCAUUACUGUCUUAUGUCGAACAUACGCGUUCUGUAAGACCUUCAACGAUUAUCAACGUCUAUCUCCUUUUUACCUCCCUUUUCGAUUGUGCUAUAGCCAGAACGCUAUGGCUUCUCGAUGGAGCGCAUGCAGUUGCGAGGUUAUUCACGGCAGCCACCAGCGCCAAGGCUCUCAUUCUGAUCUCUGAAGCAUGGGAAAAGAGGUCCAUAUUGAGAGUUCAGUACCGUGAUCUAUCACCUGAGACGACGAGCGGUAUACUGGGCCGUAGUGUCUUUUGGUGGAUCAACCCCUUGAUGAAAUUAGGAUUCUCCAACUUUUUGACUGAGCAUGAUUUGUAUGCCGUUGAAAACAGCCUCUUGGCAAAGAGAUUGUUCGCACAGGUGCAGAAGUCAUGGCGUAGGGCGAAUCAAAUGAAGAGUAACGCUCUCUUUUGGUCCACCAUCUGGUCUUCUAGGACAGUCUUUCUUCUUGGAAUGUUAUCUCGUGUUUGUUUGAUGGCUUUUAAAUACGCACAGCCUUUCCUUAUUCAGAGAACCAUUGGUUUUGCUAGUAACCUGGAUGAAGACAAAGCCAUUGGAUGGGGUCUCACGGGAGCCUGGUGUUGCGUCUUCAUUGGACUUGCGAUCGCCAACGCAUUCUAUUGGCAUAUGACUUAUCAAUUUGUUACCGCAGUCAGGGGUAGCUUGAUCAGCCUGAUAUAUGACAAGACCCUUGAUCUGAGCAUCACGGCUUUUGACGAAUCAAUUGCUGUAACGCUGAUGUCCGCCGACACCGAAAAUAUCUGCUUGAGCUUCGCAAGCAUACACGAGAUGUGGGCUUCACCUAUCGAGUGCGGAGUAGCUUUAUAUCUCCUAUACAGACAGCUGGGCAUGGCAUUUCUGGCCCCCAUGGUUGUGGCAAUAGUCUCGACCACUGGCAUCUUGAUGAUAGCUAAAUAUAUCGCAAACGCCCAAAAGCGGUGGGUUCGUGGUAUCCAGACGCGCAUUGAUGUUACUGCCUCAAUGCUAGGCUCGAUGAAAGAAGUGAAGAUGCUUGGCUUGACGGAUGUUCUAAACGACAUGGUUCAAAGUCUACGUGUGAGAGAAUUGGACCUGUCUAAGAAGUUCCGUAAACUGAUGUGCUGGCGAGUCUUUUUCCAAAAUAGCAUGGAAGCCAUAUCUCCGCUUGCUACGUUCGCAACCUAUGUCGUCGUAUCGCAAGAGACAGGCAACCCCUUGAGCACGGCUUCGGCAUAUACUUCGCUUUCGCUUAUCUAUCUUUUGUCAAACCCUAUGUCCACACUCAUCCGAACCAUCCCUGGAAUGAAGGCAUCGCUGGCAUGCUUUGAUCGGAUGCAAGGCUUUCUGCUAUCGGAUAGCUGCAAGGAUCACCGGUUACCUCUCAGUAUCCGCGAUACCCCAGCCCAACAAGAAGCCCGAAAUCUCGGGUCGCAUGCUUUUGUUCAGGAUAGAGAAUCGAUUGAGCUACUCGAUCGCUCCGACGAACCAUCAGUGGCAAUUGGCCAACCUAUCAUGAUCGUUUCAGACGCCAGCUUCGGAUGGUUAGAGACUGAAGCACCAGUUCUCAGCAACAUCUCCCUUCCCAUCCGUAAAUCUCACUUCACCUUUGUGAUUGGGAGUGUAGGAUCUGGUAAAAGCACUCUCAUGAAGGCCUUGCUGGGCGAGUUACAACCGUACAAGGGAUUUGUCUACACUGACGCUCGACGAAUCGCAUUUGUUGACCAGAAGCCAUGGAUCCAGAACUUGACGAUUCGGCAGAACAUCCUCGGUGUAUCCACGUAUCACAAAGAUUGGUACGAUAGAGUUGUUCAUGCGUGUGGACUUGAGCAGGACAUUGUUGAAAUGCCUGACAAGGACGCCACGAAAGCGGGCAGCGGAGGCGUUUCUCUCAGCGGUGGUCAGAACCAGAGACUUGCACUCGCAAGGGCCAUUUAUUCCAAGGCGGGAAUGCUUAUUCUCGACGAUGUCUUUUCGGGACAAGAUGCUUCGACAGAGGAGCAUAUUUACAGGAUGCUCUUUUCAGAAGCAGGGCUGCUAAGAGAGCUUGGAAUGACUGUCGUCUGUGUGACCAACGCCAUUCAUCGGCUUGCAUAUGCAGACCACGUUGUUGCUCUCAGCGAACAUGGCACAAUCCAGCACCAAGGCACAUUUGAGCAACUCAAGAAUGACACUGAUUACUUCAGUGGUUUGCAUCUUCGGCAGAACGGGGCUGUCAAAGAAGAUGACGAGUCCUCAAAAGCCAACGAAGGAUCAACUUCGGCACCUCAAGGACCCGAAGAAGAGACUGAAUCUGCCAACCGAGCACUGGGAGAACUUGCUACUUAUGGUUACUAUUUCAAUACAGUACCCAAGUGGCAUGUCCUGUUAUUCGUAACUCUUACAGUAACAUUCGGCGCAUCCCACAAGAUGACUGAGCUGUUGCUAAGUUUCUGGACUGGACAUUCUGUCAUCACUCAACAAAGCGUCAAUAACUUCUACCUUGGACUCUACGCGAUGCUAGCUGGGCUUGCAAUAAUUGGCAUUAUGGGUGCAGCUGUGCAUUACCUUGUUAUCAUGGUACCUUUGAGCAGCGAAGUCCUGCAUGCCCGGCUACUUCGAACAGUCAUGAAUGCUCCGUUGUCAUUCUUCUCGAGGAUGGAUGUUGGCGUUACAACAAACCGUUUCAGCCGCGAUAUGUCUGUCAUAGACACAGAGCUUCCGUUUGCACUGAUUGACUUGGCCAUUGAUACCAGCGUCACCAUCAUGGCUGUUAUACUGAUGUGUGUGUUCUCUGGAUACUUUGUGGCGACGCUACCCCCUCUUGCUUUCUUCUGCUGGCUGCUUCAGAGAUUUUACCUUCGGACUUCUCGCCAAAUUCGAAUCCUUGAGCUACAAGCAAACUCACCCCUGUUCACACAAUUCCUUGACACCCUUCAAGGUUUGUCCAGCGUGAGAUCCUUCGGCUGGGUCAAGCAGUUCAAGGAACAACACUUUCGGUUCCUCGACGCAUCUCAGCGUCCAUACUAUCUACUCUUCAGUAUUCAGCGCUGGCUAGCUGUUAUCCUUGAUCUUGCAGUUGCAGCGCUGGCCACAAUAUUGAUGGUUCUCAUUGUUAAGUUUCGAGACAACUUCGAGCCGAAGUUUGUGGCAAUGGCCCUCCUCAAUGUGACAUCCUUUUCGCAAUAUCUUACGCAACUCAUCAAGAAUUACACGCAAUUAGAGACCUCGCUGGGUGCUGUUAGUCGUACUAAGGAGUUCUGCUCCACAACUGACAAUGAGAAUCUUCAGGGUGAAGUGGCUACUCCACCCGAGAGCUGGCCUUCUCAAGGCCAUGUGCAGAUCGAAAACUUGACGGCUGCAUACACUACUUCGGGUGAGCCAGUACUACACGGAGUCACUCUGGAUAUUGCUGCAGGAUUCAAGGUCGGAGUCGUUGGACGGAGUGGUAGUGGCAAAAGCUCCUUGAUGGCUUGUCUUCUCCGGAUGUUGGAAGUUGACUCAAAGUCUCGCAUCAAGUUUGACGGCAUUGACAUCACUACGCUUCCGCGACAAACUGUGCGGGCCUCUGUGGCAGUUGUUCCUCAACAUCCGUUCUUCAUGAAGAAGACUACUGUUCGUGACAAUCUGGUUCCUCGUGGCGAGCAGCCUGAAGAGAGGAUUCUCGCCGUUCUCAGUCGCCUCAGGAUGAAAGAUACUGUAGAGAGGCUCGGAGGACUGGACAGCAUUCUUGACGUGGAUCGACUGUCACAAGGUCAACGCCAACUUCUUUGCCUUGCCAGAGCGAUACUCGCUAACAAGAAGAUCAUUUUUCUCGACGAGGCGAGCAGCAAUGUCGAUGCCAAGUCGGAGCAAUUGAUACGACAGGUUGUCCAAGAGGAGUUUGUGGGAUGUACGGUCGUCGCUAUUGCGCAUCGGCUGGGUGCUGUUGUGGACUUUGAUCGAGUUGCUGUGAUGGGAGGAGGAAGAGUUAUCGAAUGGGACAAUCCGAGGGAGUUAUUAAAGCGUGAAAGCGAAUUUAAAAGGCUAUGGGAUCUAAGUUCGGGAUAG